AAGUGUGUCGUCCCGAGCCACGCGGGCUUGACGUGCCGCUGGCGCUGAUGGCGGCGGUGCUGGCGGAGGGUCGCACCGAGGAGGGAGCGCGAGGAGGCGGGGAAGCGGACGAACAGAGAGAGGAGGCCCCGGCGGUACCGAGCACCGACAGACGGACAGUAAUCACACCGACGACAGCAGCAGCGAGCCCCGCAGACUGACACCGAGCCGACGGACGGACGGAUGGAGCGGACCUCCCAUUGGCCGUCAUCCUGUCUCGCUCCACCAGCCGCUACGCCGCUACAGCUGCAGUACUCGCAGCAUUCAUUUGCAGUAGUGAGUGUUUGCCAGCAGAGGUGCAUUGAAAUGUCAGGCGACCACUGAAGCAGGUGGAUCACAGCUCCGUGAAUCAGUGCUACAGGUGACCUCACCUUAACUCACUAGCUUGAGUGUUGCAGGGGCGUAAGGCUUCAGGUUUGGGGGCCCCGACUGGGACAUCCUUCCAUGCCAGGUGGUGAGCUCAGUAAUUCAGAAACCGCCUGGCUAGCCGCUGCUUCUCUGCGAAAUCCUCUCAGCUGCAGCACAAACAAAGCUACCGUGUCACCUGGUGUGAAAAUGUAGAUCAGCCUGAAGCUGUUUGCAGUCGUCAGCUAAGAGCUAACGCAGCCUUGCGAUCCUGAACAAACGGCCGCCUGCUUCAGAGGUAAAAUUCAGUUUGAGGACAAACCGACUGAAAAUGUAGCUGAGCCCCGACGAGGUUUACGUGUUUGGCAGCUAACAGCUCGUUAGCUGCUCGCGGCUGGAGGCGAGCAGGUAGCGGUGGCGCGGGCCUAGGUCCAGGCAGAGCAGGGGUGUGAUGGAGUACCACUCCGGUGGCAGCCUGCCCCUGCUGGGGAGACCGCGAUACUGCCCCGGGGCCAACGCUAACGGAGGAUACCUGUGUGAGACGGGACACUGCUGCGGAGAGACCGGCUGCUGCACCUACUACUAUGAACUCUGGUGGUUCUGGUUGCUGUGGACUGUCCUCAUCCUGUUCAGCUGCUGCUGUGCCUACCGACACCGUCGAGCCAAACUGAGAGUUCAGCAGCAGCAGAGACAGAGAGAGAUCAGCCUGCUGGCCUACCAUGGAGCCAGCUCCUACCCCUCCUCCAUGCUGGACCUCAGUUUCCUGGCGUCUCUGAAGCUGCCAUCCUAUGAGGAGGUGGCUGCUCAGCCCUCCACGCCUCCUCCGCCCUACAGCUCAGUGUUCACCACCCCACGCUACCCGCAGCCCCCUCGCACCUCCGACCCACACCUGCUCACGCAGCACGGCCCACUGCUGCACCAGGUGCUCAGUGAUGGUCCGUCCUCGCUCAGCUCUGACAACAGCUCCAGCUGUUCCUGUGACUCCUGCUGCCCCUCCUCUCCGUGUAGCUCCUCCCUGUCUGCACCUGUCACGUAUGAGACCGACACGAGCCACGCCACCACGCCCAGCGAGGCCGCACCCCUCACUCUUGAUGUCACCAUGGAGAACAUCGCUGCUGCGGUAACCUGUUUGGAGGUAAAUGAGACACAGUUUGUUCCUGAGAAGAUGGUUUCCACAGCGGCCAUUGACAUUGGUGAUGAAGAUGUUGCUGACCUGCAGGAACCCAUUGCCACGGACUCACCGCUUCCCAACCAGAUUGUCUCUGUGGCGGUUGUUACCAGGACGGUCUCUCCUCAAGCCCCUGCCUCUCCUGGGUCUGAGGUGGGUCUUCCUGUUGGAGUUCCAUGUCCCAUAAAGCAGCUUGACCCCGUGGCCUGUACCCCAAUAGUCAGCACCUGUAGCCCAAGUACACUCCCGAGUCCAAGUGUUGUUGAUGCAACCCUCCCCUCCAUCCAUAUCAUAAGCUUUGAUGACCCAGCGGACGGACCUGAAACUACCCCUGCCGCAAAAAUCGCCUCAGUGUCAGUCCCUUCUACUCCAGCAGCCAGCAAUUCUAGCAGCCCUACAGCCAUCCAAACCCUCGAUCUAACAAGAACUUUUGGUACAGCCGGUGUUCCUAGUAGCCCAGCCUCAGUACCAUCCUCAGAUGUUGGAAGGACUUUGGCCCUAAUAACUCCAAGCCCAAGCCCAGAUCCAAAUCAUAGCCUUCUGCCAAUCCCAGUACCUACAAACCUUACCCAAGCUUCAGAUCCAGUACUUGAAAACCUGACCCAAAUUCCAGAUCCACAGCCCAAAUCUACCAUAGUCUCAGACUGUGCCCCUAACCCCAUUCUAUCUCCAAAACCUACACACUCAAACCUUACUCUAGCCACAGAUGCAGCAUGCAUUUCACCUACAUCAACCCAUUGCCAGGUUCCAGAACUGUCACCUGGAGCAGGUCUUGUCCUGGAUCCUACCAGCCUGAGGUCAGGUUUGCCUCAGCACCCAGGAGAUAUUGCUGUUCUUGUAUCUUGUCUAGAUGCAGUUCCAGUGCCAGCCAGUUCAGGUCCUUCUCUGGUCCCGUGUCAGGUGUCAGAGUCAGACCUCGUGAGUCCCUUACCUUCAGAUGUCCAGGCUGGUUUUAGUUCUGAUUGUGGAUCAGGUGCUCUGUCCACUCCUGCCCCAGUGCCCAGCUUUCCAACACCUCCUGCCACUUCCUUCUGCCCAUCCAUAACUAUAGAGUCUGAAUCUUCUAUCGCUCUCUCUCAGUCUCCCCCUGCAGCCUUUUCCCUGACCUCACCCCCAACCCUCCCCUCCCCUCCAGCCCUGUCAUCCAUCUCCCUCCCAGCCCCAGCUUUACUCCUGGACCCCAUCACUGCUCUGCACCAGUCUAACAAAGGUGGAGCUUCCUCUGGCAACACUUCCUCCCUCUCCCCCUCACCUCGUGCUACUCAGUCCCCCCCCAAACAGACUCUCUUCUCCCCUUGCGUGGAUGUUUUUGAACCAGGACCUCCCAGCUGGGAGGAUGGAGAGGAGGAGGAGCAAGAGGAGGAUAAUGAUGAUGAUGAAGAUGAGGACAUGGGAGCCGAUGAGAGCCAGUAUAGACAUCGGCGACUUACCGGUGACUCUGGGAUUGAGGUGUGCAGGUGUAGGGUGGAGGAGGAGGAGGAGGAGGAGGAGGAGGAAGAGGAGGAGAGGGAAAGAAAUGAGGAUGGCAGGAGAGGAGGAGCAGGAGGAGGAGAAAGGGAUAAAAAAGGAGGUGGAAACACUGAUCUUCAUGACAGUGUGGACUGCCCUGCCAGAAGUCAGAUCACCACAGGGGAAGGACUCGCACUGUGUAACCCGACCUCCACCACCACGCCAGCACCUGAGGACAGCGGCAAAGUCGUCAUCGCCGUGGAGACGGUGUGAUUGACAGGAGUGGGCAGAUCAAACUGUUCGUCACCCGGACAAGGCAUGAACGGGAGGUUCAGGCAUCCACCCUUACAACAGUUUUUUCAGAUUGUUCUGUGAACGAGGAGGUUUUGAACACAGAUGGUUGUGACCGUGGAUGAGUUCCAUGACAUUUCUGAAUGUGUUCAGCAUCUGAAAAGAUGUUGCUGAAAAAAUGCCAUGGCUAGCUAGCUAACAACCUGCAUUUUUUGAACACAGCAUCAGUGAAGACGCGAUUACUUCCCAAGUUACUUCCUGUUCAGUUCUGACCAAUACGAAUGCAGUUAUUACGGGAGUUAUGGUGGUGUUUUUCGGCUCGAAAAUACAUCGACAUCCAAGUCCAAAUUAAAACUGCCAGAUGCAGAUUUUUCUAAAAUCUCUGAUAUAUUCAACCUUGCACACAAAAAUGCAGAAGUGGCAGAAAAAGCUCGAAACUAUGGAUGCCCCAAAUCAAGUUGUUCGACUUAAACACAGAUUUAUGGAUAUGUAUGUCCAUCACAGUCCGCACGCAGCCAGUUCUGCCAUCGUACAGCCGCUCUGAGUGGUGCAAUGACGUGAACACCCUUAAGUCGUGAACAAGGGAAACUGUCCUUUUGCUACCUUCCAUCCCACAUAAAACACGGUCGCCAGAGGGAGAAUUAUGCUGCUGACAGCGAUGACAGCUUCUUUCGUGCGCCUGUCUGUCACCGACAAGAAAAGACCGACUGUAAAUAGUCGAACGUUUAGCAGAAGACACCUCGCCGGUCCGGCGUGAUGACGGAGGUUUGGAAACGUGCCGGGGACAAAUUGGCUGUUUUAGAGAGGAACGUGGGAGGGUGAUUCACUCUGACUGACAGAGAGAAGCCUGAUUCAUUCAUUAGUGGGGACGUUUUGAUGAACGAGUCUGUCGGGGGGGGGGAUCAAGUGGGUAGCUUUUGAAGCAGAUUUUUGGAUUUGAUGUGUUUAGGGCAACUCGAUCCUAUAUGGAAGGUUUCAGUUGGUUUUCUGUGCGUCAGGCGCUCGGUAAAGAAAAGCCUCUGCAGAGUCAACAAUGGGCACUUUUAGUCAGAAACAAAGCACCAAACAGAACAGAGACGAGAACACGUCAUCGUUCCCGGUCUUUGUCUCUUUCUCUGAAUUCAGAGUCAGAUGCAACAGCACGUCGUAGACACCACACCAUCAGUCUGUCGCAGUCUGAACUCCCGCUCACACACUGCAUCUCACCCUUCGUAGACGCCUCAUCUGAUUUAGUCUUCAGGACCCUCGAUUCUACUGAUUAAUAAACUGAUGGACCCAAUUUACAUCCAGAAAUUCACCAAACAAGUCCUGCUAUUUCAGGGUCUUAAAAUGACAACAACCACAAUUCUGUUAAAAAACUGGAGAUCAAAUCAUUGAGGAUUUAUUUGUAGGCCGUUCUUGUAACAUAUUGAUGUUUCGUACGCUGUCAGAUCGAUAGAUGUGUCAAUAUUGAUAUUUUGUGAAGGUAGAGUAUAUUUUGUCAAUGGCAGAAAGUUAAUAACAUUUGUGUAGUCCAUGCUGGUGUAUUUCAAAUCACCUUAGAAUCUGAAAUUAGUGAAGAGCAAUAUUUUUCAUCAGCAAAAGUCUGUGUGUAAAAUCCCAGCUCGGUUAACAGACCAGUCGUUUUCAACACACUUCAUGGAGGUAUGCCGUCACACAUUUGUUAAGUCAGUUGGUGUAAAAAUGAGAUGCUUAGCUUUUCCUUUCACAGUUUCUCACAUCUGCUCCCACAAAGUGCACUUUUUCUUUUGUUGUUCUUGUUAAUAUCAGCUUCACAAAUGUGUGUUGCUCCAGACCAGAGUGUGUUGGAAAGGACACCAGAGGGUAAAGUCCGGCCUUCAGCCAAAGAGAGAGAGAGAGUACAGUGACGUCAGAUUUUAACCAGAAGGUGUCAGAGUCCAGGUGUGGUUGGUGAAAGUAGAGACACGGCAGCUUGAGGUGAUUGAGUCGUGCUUUCAGGUUCCUGUGUAAUUAAGGCAACUGCAGUGGUGCAGCGAACUGGUCAGCCCGGUCAUUGAUCUCAGUAACUCCACCUUUCAGUGUAAAGGCCUUCAGUCUGGUUCACUGAUUCUUAAACCCUGUGUCCAUGCUGCAUCAAAAUGUGGACUUCGUGUGCUCCACUACUGAUUUGGUGCAAAGGAUGAUGGGUAUAACUUAACCUGAGGUACCCACAUGGAUGCCCGUGAUGGACAGUGGUGGACCUCAUUAUGACAAAAUCAAUGUCCAGCCACAGGAAGGACAGGAAGGACCACCUGACUACAGCGGCAGCAGCAGAGGACAGUUUCUACAUCCAAAUCUGAUUGGCAGCUGGAUGUUUUCUGGACUGCUUUAAGUCUCAGCAGUCACUUUGGAAACCAGCGCACUCAAGAUUGGAUUCUUACAUGGAUGGAUAAAACUGAUCCCAUUGUUUGUUUUUAAAAGCUUUGUGGCUAAAUUCACAGAUAUGGGAAUCCUGUUUGAGCAGAUGUGGACACAGACAGACUCUCUGAUGGCACCUUUGCUUUGUCUCAGUCUGAGGUCAAAUCCAGGUCCAAUGUGUGCCUGUGGACUGAGGCUAAAGAGAUUGAGGCUGAA